AUGGGUCGAGAACGGAAACGUAGGACUCGACAGUCAUCAUCGAUAUCAGUUUCAUGGGCGCAUAAAAGGGCAUGCAAUACAGCGGAGCGGCAUCGACGAAAUGAGUCCAGGAACGAGCGUGCUAGAAGGCGUUCUCAGAAUAAAAAGAAUUCGCUUCAUCAUGUAAGUGUAAAAUUUUCUUUGAAAUCACUUCCUGUGGCUUUAGAAAAAAGUAUUUUCAUUUGA